CACUCCUUGCGCCGUGCUUGCUGUUUGGAAUUUAUCGAAUUUUUCGAAUUUGCUGUCGAGAGAGCGAGUGCCAUGCAGCGCGAGAGCUGGGACGCUGGCCGUCGCGGGAUUUCCCGAACUCUUUCCAUGGAGGCGCGCUAGACCGUUCCUCACUCAAAUUCAUUAUUUUUUCGUCCUAAUUUCACCCUUUUCGGCUUCGUCGGAUGCGGACGGGCGCUGCGUGAGAAUCCACCAUUAUGCCGGUCGUUAGGUAAAUCGCGAGGGGCACACAAUGGGAGCAGCCAACAGCAGAGCUGCUGAAAAGCAGGCCGGCCCGACGGAAAACUCGUCGACGGCGGACGAGAUUGGCGACAACACGUCUCAGGCCGAGGAUGAGCCCGCAGACGAGGAUGAGGGCCUUAAGAUGUCUAUCCAGAGGUUCAAGAGGCGCAGGACGGACAGCGAGUGCAGCGAUGGCGGCGACGUGGAAGCGACCCAGCGGCUGACCGCGGGCGACGACGGCGCCGAAACCGCCGCCAUGGAGCAGUCGUACUUGUACCUGCCGGCACCCCCUGACGGUGGCUACGGCUGGGUCAUCGUAUUUGCCAGCUUCAUGUGCAACCUUAUCGUCGACGGCAUUGCGUACACGUUCGGCGUGUUCCUCGACGAUUUCGUCACGCACUUCCAAGAGGGCAAGGGCACCAUCGCCUGGGCCGGCUCCCUCCUCUCAGGGAUGUACCUCAGCGUCGGCCCGAUCGUGUCUGCGUUGGCGAACAGAUUCGGGUGUCGCGCCGUGUGCAUCGCUGGUUCGGUGCUGUCGUGCGCGGCGUUCGCGCUGUCGACGCUGUCGCCGAGCGUGCCCGUGCUGAUGCUGACCUACGGCAUCAUGGGCGGCAUCGGCUUCGGGUUCAUCUACCUGCCGGCCGUGGUGGCCGUCGGCUACUACUUCGAGACCAAACGUUCGCUCGCCACGGGCAUCGCCGUGUGCGGCUCAGGGGUGGGCACCUUCGCCUUCGCGCCCCUCGCCGACUACCUGCUGAAGACGUUCGGCGGGUGGCAGGGCGCCAAUCUCAUCCUCGCCGGACUCAUCCUCAACUGCGCCAUAUUUGGGGCCCUGAUGAGGCCGUUGGAACUGGUGCCCGUUGAAGACAUGGAACCAAACGGUGAAAAGAGAAAACCUCUGCUUCAACGGAUGGCAGAGGAGAAAAGGUUCGCAAUGGAGCGUGGCUCGAUUUCCGACAGUUUAGCAGGGUCCAGUUACUUUAUGGUUCAGUUGCCUGAUGGCAGUAUGGAGAAAAGACUUAAGAUGCCCAUCAACAUUGACCCAGGAGUGCAUUCUAGUUUUAACCUAGACCAACUCAUCCCAGGUACCCCUGUGACCCCGAACCCCACCCUCCCAACUAUCUCGGAGACCAAGCCGAUCGACAUCCCCAAGAUCGAGCGGCCAGACAUGGACCAGAUGGCCUCGUCGGCUUCUCCGCCAGCGCCGUCGUCCCUGCCGAAGCCGUCGCCGCUGGCGGCCGUGCCCGGCAUCACUGGCAUGCCGCGUAACGCGUCGCAGCCCGCCUUCUCCACCACCCCCGGCGGCAUCCCCAAGAACGGCAGCGUGCCCUUUUUCGACCGAAUGCGCAAGUCUAGUCUGGGCACGCAGCAGACCAGCUCCAAGGGCGGCAACCAGCAGAACCUUGGCGUGCCCACCAGGUCCAAGACCAACCUCUCGUCUGGACACGACCUCAGGAAGAGCCUUCAACUCAGACUCAGCACCUCAUCCUUCUUGGGCGCCUCACGAAACAACAACACUGAAGACAUUGAGUCCCUCGCCCUCUCGAAAACUUCUCUGGCCAAAAAUUCGCAAAUACUUCGUCCACUCUCUCGCAAGGACAUUUUCUACUCAGGCAGCGUGGCCAACUUGCCGGAAUUCCGUCUGAGCCAGAAGUCGCUGACCACCUACCGCCAGUCAGUUAUUUCUCUGCCGAGACUGAAGCAAGGAUCCGAAAUCGAUGGGCAUAUGCCUCAGGAAGCUGAUUCAGGAGGCUGCUGUCCAUCCAGUAUUUCAUCGGUGCUGUCCAGCAUGAUGGACUUGACUCUUAUCAGAGAUCCAGUUUUCAUGAUGAUCGCUAUUUCCAAUAUUUUCGGAAUGCUUGGCCUCUACAUCCCAUUCGUGUACUUAGUUGAUGCCGCUACGAAAGCAGGUCUCGAAAAAGCUAAAGCUACAUUUUUACUGUCAAUUAUUGGAAUAGUCAAUACUGUAGGGCGAGUGUUAUGUGGAUUAAUUGCUGACAUGCCCCAGGUGAAUACUCUGUUGAUGAACAACAUUUGCUUGCUGUUGAGUGCCGCUGCUGUUGCUGCAACUCCUUUCUGCUAUGACUACACUACAUUCUGCUGCAUGGCAGUCGCUUUCGGAAUAGGCAUAUCCGGCUACAUCUCGCUUACUUCCAUCAUUCUUGUUGACCUGCUUGGCUUGGAUAGGUUGACCAACGCAUUCGGCCUUUUGAUUUUGUUCAGAGGUGCUGCCGCCAUUGUGGGAUCUCCCCUCGCUGGCGCGAUUUACGACGCAACGCAGACCUACAACGUGCCGUUCCUGAUGGGCGGCUUCUUCUUUUUAAUCUCGGCCGGCUUCUCUUUUGCGGCACAACCGCUGAGGUCUUGCUUGGACAAACGCCACGGAAUCGUGAAGGAGCAGAGUCCCGAGGAGGACGACCUGGCGCAAAACCGCGGCUUCUUGGACCCCAUCACCGAGGAGAAUGAACACAAUACGGUGACCGCGCGCGAGGGUGCCAUCAUGGCGCAAAAACUUCAAAAGGAAAAAGUGCAACAAAUUGAGUCGGUCCUUUAAACAAACCACUGAUGAGAAAAGAAGGAAAAUGGAGACAAUUUCUGCAAAUUAUGAAUUCUUUCCGCUCGCCAUUUAUGAAGGAUGUUGUGCAAACUGAGAUAGCGAGAUAGCUUAUUUUUUCAAUCUUUCAUCGUGCCAUCAUUGUUAAAAAUUGUAUUUUUAUCGUUUUGAAUGAAAAAAUGCGUAAUAUUGUAUGCUGAUAUAAUAUUAUAAAUGUAAACGACGAAGUGAUAUUUAAUUUUUACUACUGCUGCCGCGAGUACUUGAGAGUGUAUAUAACUGCGACGAACUGUAUUUUAAGCACGAGACUCACUCUCAGUGUUUUGCUAUAUAUUUUAUUUAGGAUGCUGCGAACUCAAUUAUUAACAAUGACAGGCAUUCCAAAGCAAUUUUAAGUAAGUCUUACUCUUAGCCUUAAAAAUCCAUGAUGUGUUAACGAACGUCUAGACUUCAUGACUCAAAAAAUGAAAAAAGGUUCACACACACCACUGUAAAAACAAUGCAACACAAACUGUUAAGUCUUAAGAAAACCGCAAGAAGUUAUAAAUAGUAAAAAAUUAAUGAUGGAAACGACCGUUGUAGAGAGGACGCAAAAAAUGAUUGCUGUGAUUAUUUUGAUGCUUGUAAAACACACGCUCUCGCACGAGACCAAAAGUGGAAAAAAAUAAAUCAACAACACUAUGCAGUUUGAGUUGAGGACAAGGAAUUUCAACUUGUUGUAUUUUACCGCACACAACGGUAUUAAUUCAGUAUUUGAAUAAAUUUCCGAUUAAAUA